CUUCGGACACAAUUUCCCAUGAUCCAUCGAUAAAUGACGUUACGCGCAUGCGCUCUUGGGAAAAGCGUGUGUCAAGCGUGAGCGAAGCAGAGCUGCAGUUCAUCCAAACGCAGAUAGACCUUAAGGCACAAAAGGAUGGCUGAAGAAAAGGAAAUGUCUCCCCUGGAAAAGAAGGUGGCUGAACAGAUAGAGUAUUAUUUCGGAGACCACAAUCUCCCUCGAGACAAGUUUCUAAAGGAGCAGAUACAGCUGGAUGAUGGCUGGGUUACACUGGAGACGAUGCUCAAGUUUAACAGGCUAAAAAGUUUGACCUCGGAUGCCGCGGUUAUUGUCGAGUCUCUGCGGAAAUCGAAAACGGGACUGUUGGAGAUCAGCGAGGAUCAAACCAAGAUCAGACGGAGCCCGAACAAACCUCUGCCCGAAUACAACGACGAGUAUAAAGACGCCCUCAAACACAAAUCUAUAUACAUGAAAGGCUUCCCUUUGGACACGACGCUGGAUGACAUUAAAGACUGGCUCGCUGAUAAAGGACACGUGGAGAACAUUCACAUGAGGAAAGGUGCACAGAAAACCUUCAAAGGCUCCAUCUUUGCUGUCUUGGAGUCCGAGGAGGCAGCCAAGGCCUUCGUUGCAAGAGACGAUGUAAAACAGUUCAAAGGAAACGACAUGAUCGUUCUCAUCAAAGAUGACUACUUUACUAAGAAAGCAGAGGAGAGGAGGCAGGGUCGCCAAGACGCCAAGGCCAAAGCCAAGAGUGAAAAAGAAGAGCAGCAGAAACAGGCUGAGAAGGAGGAGAUGAAAUCUCUGGAUGAGCAGAGAGGCUGUGUGCUGAAGUUCUCGGGUGAACUGGAUCACGUUUCUCGAGAGGAUUUCCACAAGAUCUUCACUGAGCACGCGCAGAUCAAAUGGAUCGACUUCACCAGAGGAGCUAAAGAGGGCACCAUCCUGUUUCGCUCGGACGCUAAGGAGGCCCUGCAGAAGGCUCAGGAAGCAGCCGGAGUCUCCGAGCUGAAGAUUAAAGAUAAAGACGUUCAGUGGGAGGUGCUGGAGGGAGACGUCGAGCUGGAGACUCUAAAGAAGAUCAUCGAGAGCCAGCAGGAAUCGCUGAACAAGCGCAAAGGAGGACGAGGAGGUCACAGGGGUCGCGGCCGAGGGCGGGGCGGCCGUAGGGACCGAGGAGGACGAGAGCAGACACAGUUCCAGGGCAGGAAGACUAAAUUCGACAGUGAUGAUGAAGGCGGUGAUGGUGAGGACGCAGAACCCGCAGCGCCGAAGAAGCGAGCCCUCGAGUCAAACGGCACAGAAGCUGAUGUCGACGCUCCAGCCUCCAAGCAGGCGAGAGAGGAGAACGGCUCUUAAACGCAGCGCUGCGAUGCCGCUUCCUUCAAAACGGCCACUGUUUACUGUACCUGAUCCCACAAGCCUUCCAGCUUGUCCCUGAUGCGGAUGACUGUAUGCAGAUUACUGAGCGGAACGCAGUGCCCCAAUCAAUGCAUCGAUGUGUCUCACAUUUCUCAAGAAGGAAAGCACGUUCAACGUGAUGGAUUCUCUGCUGCCUGACCUCAGGACGAGGUUAGCAUCCGUUAUUCUCCAGAUGGGUCGACGUUCCCGUCUCGGAUGUGACCCGAAAAAGCCAUUUAGAAAUGAAAGUCGGAUCUCUUGACUUUACCUUGGAUUUCAGUCUCGAUUUUGCAUGUCAGCUGGAUAUAUUUUCUAAUUAUGCUCACAGAAGGUAGAAACUGUACAUUAUGUGCUGUUAAGGUUUUUAUUUUCCUUUUGUUAAGCAGACCAGAAUGAAAUCUAUAUUAUUAUUAUUAUUAUUAUUAGUGUUAUUUUUUUUGUUCUGACUGAGACGUCUGACUCCCAAGUGCCAUUUUUAAUUACUAGUUUUUCUUUAUGCUGACCAUGAGGAUUUCAACACGAGGCACUCUGACAUUCUUUACUACUUUAUUUUUCAUGUGUAUGCAUUUAGCUCAUUUCAUAUUUGGAAUUUGAAUAAAAAUAAGAAAAACAAAAAA